AUGCGUCUCAUCAAGAACAAAAUCGAGCACAAUGGCUCUGGAACGGUGACCUUGUGUCCUGAGGAGCCUGAGGAUAUGUGGCACGCAUACAACCUGAUCCGGCCGAACGAUCUUCUCCGCGCCAGCGCUAUCCGUCGUGUCACCACAACUCAGGAAACCGGUUCUACUACCUCAGCUCGAGUCCACUUGACGCUAGAGAUCCGCGUUAAGAACCUUGAUUUCGAUCCGCAGAGUUCGCAGCUACAUGUUAGCGGGACAAUUGUGAACGAGACGGCCCAUACGAAGAUCGGGCAACACCAUACGCUCGAUCUUGAGCUGAAUCGGAACUUCACGCUAGAAAAGGAAGUUGGAGCGGACGGUGAGGGCGUCGGAUGGGACAGUAUCGCGGUGCAGAUGUUGAAGGAUGCGGUGGAUGAAGGGGGACAACGGAGGGCGGAGGCCGUGGCCGUGGUGAUGCAGGAAGGGUUGGCGCAUAUUUGCUUUAUUGGGCAGUUUCAGACUAUCCUAAAGCAGAAGAUUGAGAUGUCGGUGCCCAGGAAACGGCAUGGUGGGGGUGAUCAUGAUAAGGGUAUGUCGAAAUUCUUCCAGGUUACACUCGAUACGCUGCUGCGCCAGCUGGAAUUCAACACCAGCUCGGCUUCACUUACCAGCAGCGAGACCGUUCGACCGGUUCUCCUUGCAUCGCCAGGCUUCGUGGCCUCCGGAUUCCAGAAGUACAUCCAGUCGCAGGCAUCCACAUCGACCCCGGCACUUAAACGCCUCCUACCCAGUAUUGUGGUUGUACACUCGGCUUCCGGUUAUCUGCACUCGCUAGCGGAAGUGCUGCAGUCGCCGGCUGUGAAGACCAUUCUUGCCGAUACCAAGUACGCGCGCGAGACAAAGCUCAUGGACGACUUCCUCGACCAGCUCCGCAAAGAGACCAACAAAGCGACAUAUGGGCCCCGCGAGGUGGAAUUCGCUGUCGACCAGGGUGCCGUUGGCCGCGGUGGCGGCGUGCUGAUCAUCUCCAAUCGGCUGUUCAGGUCACAGGAUGUGGCGGAGCGCAAACGCUGGGUAUCGCUGGUAGAUCGGGUACGGGAUGUCGAGGGUGGUGAGGUGCGAGUGCUUAGCUCCGACCAUGAGAGUGGAAGGCGACUUGAUGGGCUAGGAGGGGUGGCAGCCCUGUUGACGUUCCCUAUAAUAGAUGAGGAUAUAGAAGAGGAGGGGGAGGACGACCAUUAG